GCCCCACCGAGGCUGCACUCAGACCCGACCCCUCGCGUCCAAAAACGCCCCCGUGGAUACGUCAUGCUCAAGUGAACGAACGCUGUCCCGUCUCCAAGACAAUACAGGAAGGGUUGUGUUCUCGUGUUUCUUGGAACCACUGCGAUGGAUCUCCAAACCUGUCUCAAAACCACACUGAAGAACAAAUAUCAGAAACUGAAUGAAGCAUACUCUGAAAACGUAUUACUUCCUUCAAGACUUUGCUAUAGGGAGCUCAAGGGCGACUACACAUCAUCUAAUUCACACCAGCAUGAGUUUAGAUAUAUUGACAAGUCUGACCUUCAUACUUGGGUUGUUUUUCAGACUGUCCCGCUCGCAGAUAUUUUAUCAUGUGACUGCGAACAUAACAGCAGCAAAAGAACAGUCAUUACUGUAGGAGUGUGUGGAGUUGGGAAAACCACAACAGUGCAGAGUUGUGCUCUCGAGUGGGCCGAGGGGAAAGGGUACAACGACAUCCACUUCCUGUUUCCUCUCACAUUCUGGGAGUUAAAUUUGCUAAACUGCGAAUUGAGCCUAAUUGAACUUCUCCAGAUGUUCUACCCUGAUUUGAAGGAGCUCAAUGUUUCCAGCUUAAAUGAAAGCAACGUGUGGUUUGUCCUUGACGGACUGGAUGAGUAUCAUCUCCAGCUAAACUUCAGCUGUCCAACUGUGAGUGAUGUUUCUAAGGUAUCCACAGUGGAUAUUUUAGUGACCAAUCUGAUCAGGGGGAAUUUACUUCCCAGUGCUCAUAUAUGGAUAACGACCCAAUAUGCAACAGCAACACAAAUCCCUGAUUGCUAUUUACUUAAAAAGACUGAGGUUCAAGGGUUUAAUGAUGAACAGAAGGAACAGCACUUCAGGACAGUUAUUGGUAAUGACGAGCUGGCCAACAAAGCUAUCGACCACAUGAAAAUAUCAAGGAGUCUGGACUUCCUUUGUCAGAUACCUCCAAUCUGCACCAUCAUGGCAAAUGUUUUGAAGAAUCAUCUACAAGCAGAUGAUGGUUUUAAAAUCAAUCCUUUGAAUCUAACCCAGAUUUACACAAAUCUGGUCAAAUCAUCAAACCCAGAUAUUCUCACCAAGCUGAAAAAGCUGGCACUGCUUCGGACGGGAGAGGGUAAUGUAAUGUAUGAGUAUGAUCUUGCAGGGAGUGACAUAAGUGUUGAGGAAGCGUCAACUUUGUCCAAAGAGUGUCCGCUUAUGUUGAGAGAAGAGAAGGGGCUGCAUAACACCACAGUGUUUCGCUUUGGUCACUCAAGCAUUCAGGAGUUCUUGGCUGCGUCUGCUAAAUUGGAUGACAUUGAAGCGAGUUCUGUCCAGUCUGUUUGUUGUCAGUAUCUGGUGGACCAGGCGCUGCAGAGUGCUGAGGGAAAAUAUGAUGUCUUCCUUCGCUUCAUCUUUGGCCUCAUUAAGGAACGUGGUAUGUUGGAGCCCACCGAUCCGCUGUUUGACUACACCAAGAAGAAGAUCCUUGAGAACAUUUUGUCUGACAGCGCUGUGGGUCUGUUCCACUGUCUGAGGGAAUACGACAGCCAGGCUUUACUGAGUGAAGUCAAGUUCUUUCUGAAGUUUGGCUUCUCUCCAAUCCGUGAAUGCACUACAGUGCAUUGGAAUUUCAUGGUCCAAAGGACCAGAGCUUUUGAAGGGAUGCAAGAGAAUUUUGAGAUGCAAGUGUCCACGAGAUGUGAUGAAACACUCCUCAGGCAUCUACCAGCUAUUUUGAAAUCCAAGAAAGCAAUGUAAGUUCGUACUUAUUGGAUUCAGCCUCUCAUCAUCAUAUAUGUUCCAUGAAUAUUUGGACAUUUACACGUUUUUUGUUGUGUUGGCUGUCUGUUCCAGCAGAAUUAAUUUUUUUUUUAAAAAGUGCUUAAAAGGGUCAUCUCAUACCUCCUGUGGUAUGCCAAUAAUUUCAUAUGUAUGUAGCCAGAUUUUGACAUAUCGGGUGUGUUUAAUUUUUUAUUGCAAUUUGUCAUUGCUUUGAGCACCACAAACAAAAUUCCAUUUGGUUCAGUCGUAUUUGGGUCUGCUAGGCCAUCUCAAAAUGUGAAACUAUAAAAAUUAAACCAAAACUAUUUGUAUGGCUAGGUACCAAUACUAAAAUAUGUUUUUUUGUGAUUUGGGUGUACUGACCCUUUUAAUUUUGAAAGCAUUGUCUCUCAAUACUUCCCUACCCUGUCUGGUGCUGUCAGGCCCAAGCCUGUUCAUUCCUCCUGAAGAUGUAAAUCUCACUGAUGUGUUUCUAAUAGUUUUUGUACAACAGUAGAGAUCUGUGGUACAGAGGAACAACAUAUAUCAACGUUUGGAUACACAGACACUACCUUGUUAGUGGGAUCAGUUGAUUGUUGGUUUUGGUCUUUGCAUUUGAUGUGUUGACAAAAAAAUUGACAGUGUAAUCAUUUACUACCUUCACGUAGUUCGAGAUCUUCAGGCAAGGGCCUUCUGUCUGUCCAGGAUGAAAACUAAGGGGGACAGAGCUUUUGCUAUCAGGGCCCUGAGGCUCUGGAACAACUUGCCUGAAGAAAUUAGGCUGCGAUUCUCUAACCUGACAGAUAAGUGUUGUCCAGCCUUAGCAGCAAUCCUGAGCACAAAAGAGUCAUACCUGAGACAUCUGGACCUGGGAUACAACAGCAUCAGUGACAAUGGAGUCAGGACACUUGUGGAGGGGCUGAGUGAUCAAAAUUGCAGACUGAAAACACUUAGGUUGCAAGGCUGUGGAGUGACCUUGCAUGCCUGUAAAUACCUGGCCACAGCCCUGACACAGUCCCUUAAACUGCAAGAGUUGGAUCUCAGCAGGAACGAAAUAGGGGAUGACGGACUGCGACAUCUUGCAAAUGGUUUGAGAUCUCCUGAAUGCCAGCUACAAACACUGAAACUAUCACAGUGUAACAUUGAGCAAAAGGGCUGCUAUUAUCUGGCCUCAGCUCUGCAGAGGAACUCCGGCCAUCUGAAAGUGUUGGAUCUGAGCAUCAAUAUGGUCAGAGACAAGGGGGCCAUUGAGCUCUUUAAAAAAUAUGAUAUAUCGCAGCUAACAAAGCUGGAGAUGUACCACUGCGGCCUCACUGUGUUAAGUUGUGGAAGCAUUGGGGAAGCUCUGAAGUUUGAAACCAGCACUCUGGUAGAACUCAAUUUGAGCAACAACAACUUGAAAGAUGCAGGGUUUGCGCUCAUCUGCGAAGGCAUGUACGCAUGGUGUAGUCUGGAAAAACUCAAUGUUUCAAGAUGUGGAAUCACUGCUAUGGGUUGCAUUUAUUUGGCAAAGGUCCUGUGUUCAGUCUCGCAGCUCUAUAGUGGAUGGAUGCAAAGAACAGAUUGGCAGGCAGUCGAGCUGAAAGACCUUGACCUCAGCAUGAACUGCCUCAGAGACAAGGGAGUCAUAGAAAUUUCAGCUGGACUGAAGAAUCCGUACAGCCAUCUGAAAACUCUCAACCUGAGUAACUGCAGCCUGACUGAUGACUGUUGUGCAGAUCUUGCAUCAAGAUUGGCAUCAAAGGAGAGCGUUAUCAGUGAGCUGGACCUGUCUGUCAAUGACCUUCAAGAUAAGGGAGUGAAGAAACUCUGCGUGGGACUCAGAAAUCCUCAAUGUAAACUUGAAAAAUUAUUACUGAGGACAUGUGGCCUCAGCUCGAGGAGCAUUCAGUUCCUGACCACUGCUCUGAAGUCAAACCCCCAACAUCUGGCAGAGCUGCAUCUGAUGGGCAACACUCUGGAAGACUCAGGAAUCAGGAUGCUUAUGGAACUAACAAAGAACCAGAAAUACUCCUUACAUACAAUAGAUGUCUCAACAGAUUGAGGAGACAGACAGAAAGCAGACAAAAGGACACAAACUGCUCAAACUGGCUCACAUUUCUUAGACCACAUACUUCCUUGCAUUUCUGUGCAUAUUGUAACUGCAAUAUCAAGUUCUGUUUUGCUUCAUUCAUGUAGCUUAACCAAUCUCUUUUUAUUUUCUGAAUAUAUGUGUAAUAUACCCAAAACAUAUAGAUAGAUUAAUUGUUUAUUACUACUUUGUACUUUAUGUUUUUUAUACAGUGCCUUAGUUCUAAACGACAUGUGUUUUCUUAGGUUGCAGUGAACAGCACUUGAGAAAAGAGAGAGGGACAUGUAUGAAGAAUGUGUGCCUACAGUAUUCUUGUUAUGUACUAAACUAGUGAAUCCAAUGCAGGAUCUGAAAUAAAAUGUAAAUCUGUGACCACAAAAUAAACAGUUUUCUUUUUUUCCCCCUA